CAGUGCCACUUCUGCACUAAGGCUAUCGUUUCUGGUCCCGAGGAGCUACAGGUUGAUAUUAAUGCGCCGCGCCGCCUCCGACGUUCUGCUAGUUCAUCUGGCUCCAAUAUGACCACAUUUCGGCCUCCUCCAACUAAUUUGGCAUCUCUUUCGGUGGACACUGUCUUGGCAUCCUCAGCUAUGAAAGAUUCGUCAGCUCCGUCAAAGUCCUGCUCUCACACAUCUUGUCAUACAGAUGCUACUCAGAACGAAGAUGCCUCUUCUUCUUGUAGCAAGACGACAACAGAGAAAGCUACGCCGAGUUUGGUGUCAAAUUCAUGUAAAUCAAUGGCUGGCCGAAAGCGGGUCAGACCUUCCUUUUGCCGAAGGUCUGAUUCAGCUCGCAAGAGAGUUUCAAGCCAUAUUUCUGUGCCCACUGACCGUGGAGAUGUCCCGGCAGUAUCCGCUGCAUCCGACAAUGCCUGGCUAUCGACUAAGGAUGUUAAAAUAGCCCAAGAUGGCUCAAAGCCAAAUUUAUCUAGAAUUUCGGCUUUAGCCGGGAGAAAACGAUCGUGUGCCUCUAAUGUUGGCUUAGAUACUUCGCUCUCUUACUCUCCUUCGUCUUCAGCUGCAUCUGAAUCAGCUCCUAUCUCUCUUUCUCAUUCGCAAUCUGCUUUAUCCCCGCCCCAUUCGUCUACUUCCAUACUGAAGGUCACGAACUCUCAGCCAAUCGCCCUUCGCCUGCUGUUCAAGAGGAAUACGCCGUCGUCUUCUGGUGGAGCCGACCUUUGCAUCUCUUUACCCAACACUUUCACUCGAAAUGGAAGUAAGCCCAACAAUUAUGAAACAAGAGAUUCCUCGAAACCAAACUUUUCUUUGCAAAUCUGA